UACCACACAGGGAAUUUUGCUUUCUUCUGGAGAACCAGGGAAGAAAAAAGCCAGGAAAACUCAUCUGGAGAUUGUGAAGAAGACAUACAGUAAUAGCAAGAAGUGGCAAGUUCUUUCCUUAUUAAACGCCGAAAAACACCUAAUUUCUCUGCCAGGUGUAUGGGACUUAGAUUCUCGAAGCAGUGCACUGAACUGUUAAAGGUAAACUAUGACCACUUUACUAUUAGUGUUUGUGUGUUUGCGAGUCAUCACUGCAGCCGUCUCUGUGGAGCUCUCAGACAAUAGUGAUGGCCUGGAAGUGAAGAUACCUGAGCAGUCUCCCCUGCGUGUUGUCCUGGGAAGCUCCCUGAACAUCCCCUGUUACUUCAACAUCCCCGAGGAAGAUGAUACCAGUGCUCUGCUGACUCCACGGAUCAAAUGGAGCAAGCUUUCAAAUGGGACAGAAGUCGUCUUGUUAGUGGCUACUGGAGGGAAAAUCCGACUCAACAUGGAGUACAGGGAGGCAAUCUCUCUGCCCAAUUACCCUGCUAUCCCCACCGAUGCCACCUUGGAAAUCAAGGCUUUAAGAUCCAACCACACUGGGAUUUAUCGCUGUGAAGUAAUGUAUGGGAUUGAGGACAGACAAGACACAAUAGAGGUCCUAGUGAAAGGCGUCGUAUUCCACUACAGAGCAAUCUCCACGAGGUACACCUUGAACUUUGAGAAGGCAAAGCAGGCCUGCAUCCAGAACAGCGCUGUCAUUGCUACUCCCGAGCAGCUGCAGGCUGCCUACGAAGAUGGGUACGAGCAGUGUGAUGCCGGCUGGCUGGCUGAUCAGACUGUCAGGUACCCCAUCCACCGUCCCCGAGAGCGUUGCUAUGGUGACAAGGAUGAAUUUCCUGGAGUGAGGACUUAUGGCGUCCGGGAGACAGAUGAAACCUAUGAUGUUUACUGCUACGCAGAGCAAAUGCGAGGUAAAGUCUUCUAUGCCACGUCCCCGGAGAAGUUCACCUUCCAGGAAGCCUUUGACAAAUGCCGCAGUCUGGGGGCACGUUUGGCCACCACCGGAGAGCUGUACCUGGCGUGGAAGGAUGGCAUGGACGUGUGCAGUGCAGGCUGGCUGGCAGAUCGCAGCGUCCGCUACCCCAUUUCCAGAGCACGGCCCAACUGUGGAGGAAACCUGGUGGGCGUGCGGACAGUGUACCUGUACGUCAACCAGACGGGGUACCCUCACCCCCACUCUCGCUACGAUGCCAUCUGCUAUAGUGGUGAUGACUUUGAAGCGCUAGUCCCGGUGCAGUUCACUGAUGAGACGGGAAGUGAGCUGGGCAGUGCAUUCACCAUCCAGACCGUCACCCAAACUGAAGUUGAGCUACCUCUGCCACACAAUGUCACACAGGAGGAGGCUCGUGGCAGCAUCGCUACCCUGGAGCCCAUUGAGAUCACAGCCACUGCCACCGAGCUCUAUGAAGGCUUCACCGUUGUGCCUGAACUCUUCCCCACUGGUGUCACAGUAGAGACAGCUUUCCCUGAAGAAGAAAAUGUGACUGGAGAAGAAGUCACACAAGUGUGGACUAUGCCUGAAGUUGUCACAACCUCAGUUUCAGGCACUGCUUUCACCACUGGAACAGCAGAAAUGAGUUCAGUGGAAGAGGCCUUUGGGGUGACUGCCACACCAGGGCUAGAGUCUGCCUCUCCGUUCACAGUGGAAGAUCAGAUUGUACGAGUGACGGCUUCCCCUGACGGCGCUCUCCUCCCUGAGCAGCCCAUUUCUCCCACAGGUGUGGUGUUUCACUAUCGUGCUGCUGCCAGCAGAUACGCCUUCUCUUUCGUCCAAGCCCAGCAAGCCUGCCUCGAUAACAACGCAGUCAUUGCCACUCCUGAACAGCUCCAGGCUGCCUACGAGGCUGGCUUUGAUCAGUGUGAUGCCGGCUGGCUGCGGGACCAGACAGUCAGGUAUCCCAUUGUGAAUCCCCGAAGUAACUGUGUAGGAGACAGAGAAGGCUCUCCGGGUGUGCGGUCGUACGGCAUGCGUCCAGCCUCAGAGACCUAUGAUGUGUACUGCUACAUUGACAGGCUAAAGGGUGAGGUGUUCUUUGCAACCCAGCCGUAUCUGUUCACCUUCCAAGAAGCUCAGCAGUAUUGUGAGAACCAAAAUGCCACUUUGGCCUCUGUUGGGCAACUCCAUGCUGCCUGGAAGCAGGGUCUGGACAGAUGCUAUGCUGGCUGGUUAGCUGAUGGCAGCCUCCGAUACCCCAUCGUGACCCCACGACCUGCCUGUGGGGGAGAUGAGCCUGGUGUGAGAACCAUCUACCUGCACUACAACCAGACAGGCUUUCCUGACCCACUGUCACGGCAUCAUGCGUUCUGUUUCAGAGCUCUGCCAUCUGUGGAGGAACCAGGAGUUACCUCAUUCUUUGAAGAAGUUUUUGUAACCCAGGUGAUCCCUGGAGUAGAGGGGGUACCUUCUGGGGAAGAAACAACUGUAGAGAUGGAGCCUACCACUGAACCCGAGAAUCAGACAGCCUGGGGAACAGAAGUCUUUCCAACUGACAUAUCACUGCUCUCAGUGAGUCCAUCAGCAUUUCCUCCAGCUACUGUAAUACCAGAAGAAGCAAGUACCAGUGCUUCUGUCAGUGUGUCAGGGGAGAUCACUGAAUCUGAAGGGCAUCAAGUCAGUGGUGAAUCUUCGACGUCUGGGUGGGUAUCUGGAGUCCCAGAUCUAAGUGGAGAAUCAACUUCUGGAAUUGUUGAACUCAGUGGAGAGCACUCAGGGAUUGGAGAAAGUGGAUUACCAUCAGUAGAUUUGCAUACCAGUGGCUUUCUGUCUGGAGAAAGUGGAUUAUCAUCAGGGGACCUAAGUGGAGUGCCUUCUGGGAUCGUUGAUAUUAGUGGCUUACCUUCUGGAGGGGAAGAUGUAUCAGUAUCUACUGCAAGGAUACCAGAAAUUAGUGGGAUGCCUUCCGGAGUGGAAAGCGGUGGGCUGAAUUCCGGAUUCAGUGGAGAAUUCUCUGGAACUGAGCUGAUUAGUGGCCUGCCAUCUGGUGAGGAAAGUGGGCUCCCAUCUGGGUUUCUUGGAGUCAGUGGUGAAGGAUCUGCUGGAUUUCCAUCUGCUGGAUGGGACACGAGUGGAGGAACCAGUGGGUUACCCUCAGGAGCUGAGCUCAGUGGAGACCUAUCUGGAGUGCCAGAGUUCAGUGGAGACCUAUCUGGGGUGCCUGAGCUCAGUGGGUUACCCUCAGGACUGGAUAUCAGUGGACAAUCAUCUGAAAUACCUGAGAUCAGUGGCCAGGUGGAUCUAAGUGGCCUUAUUUCUGGCAUUGAUGGAAGUGGUGAGGCCUCAGGCAUUACCUUUCUAAAUGCCAGUUUAGUAGAAGUGACAACCCCCUCUGUUACAGAAGUGGAAGCAAAAGAGAUUUUGGAGAUCAGUGGCUUGCCUUCAGGAAGUGAAGACACAUCAGGCAUGGUAUCUGGUAGUUUAGACAUCAGUGGUUCUGGGCAUAUAGACUUUGGUGAGAGUGUUCCUGGAGUGCUCGAGACGAGUGGACUUCCAAGUGGAGUCAUUGACAGCAGUGGAGAAGUCUCUGGGGUUGAAGUCACUAGUGGCCUAAUGUCUGGAGAAGGAAGUGGACUCGCAUCUGGCUUUCCUACAAUCUCUCUUGUGGAUACCACUUUGGUUGAAGUUGUUACUCAGGCAUCUGUUGCACAAGAGGUGGGCGAAGGGCCAUCUGCAAUGAUAGAAAUCAGUGGUUUUCCUUCUGGAGACAGAGAAAUAUCUGGAGAAGGGUCUGCAGCUGUGGAGACUAGUGGGUUACCCUCAGGGACGGGAGACUUCAGUGGAGAGCCAUCCGGGAUCCCUUAUUUCAGUGGAGACUUUUCUGGAGUCACAGACCUAAGUGGACAAUCUUCAGCAGUGACUGAUUUUAGUGGGGAGGUCUCAGGGCUUCCAGAAGUCACUUUAGUCACUUCUGAUUUAGCUGAAGUUGUGACAAAACCAACAGUUUCACAGGAACUGGGUGGGGAUGGGGAAAAUUCUGCAUUUCCAGAAAUCAGUGGGGAAACAUCCACAGUUCAAGAAAUCAGUGGGGAAACAUCUGCAUUUCCAGAAAUCAGUGGGGAAACAUCUGCAUUUCCAGAAAUUAGAAUAGAAACAUCCACAGUUCAAGAAAUCAGUGGGGAAACAUCUGCAUUUCCAGAAAUCAGUGGGGAAACAUCCGCAUUUCCAGAAAUUAGAAUAGAAACAUCCACAGUUCAAGAAAUCAGUGGGGAAAAUUCUGCAUUUCCAGAAAUUAGAAUAGAAACGUCCACCAGUCAAGAAGCCAGGGGUGAAACUUCUGGCUAUCCUGAAAUUAGCAUAGAAACAUCUACAAUUCAAGAAAUCAGUGGGGAAACUUCUGCAUUUCCUGAAAUAAGCAUAGAAACAUCUACAGUUCAAGAAAUCAGUGGGGAAACUUCUGCAUUUCCUGAAAUUAGAAUAGAAACAUCUACAAUUCAAGAAAUCAGUGGGGAAACAUCUGCAUUCCCUGACAUUAGAAUAGAAACAUCCACAAGUCAAGAAGCCAGGGGUGAAACAUCUGCAUUCCCUGAAAUCAGCAUAGAAACCUCAACAAUCUAUGAAAACAGUGGGGAAGUAUCUGCAUUUCCUGAAAUUAGCAUAGAGACUUCAACAGUGCAUGAAAUCAGUGGGGAAGCAUCUGCAUUUCCUGAAGUUAGUAUAGAAACAUCCACAACUCAAGAAGGUAGGGCUGAAACAUCUGCAUUUCCUGAAAUUAGCAUAGGAAGUUCAAUGGUACACGAAAUCAGCGGGGAAACUUCUGCAUUUCCUGAAAUUAAAAUAGAAACAUCCACAACUGAAGAAGCUAGAGGUGAAACGUCUGCAUUUCCUGAAAUUAGCAUAGAAACAACAGUCCAUGAAACUAGCGGGGAGACAUCUGCAUUUCCUGAAAUUAGCAUAGAAACUUCAACAGUCCAUGAAACCAGUGGGGAAACAUUUCCUGAAAUUAGAAUUGAAACAUCCACAAGUCAAGAAGCCAGGGGCGAAACAUCUGCAUUCCCUGAAAUUAAUAUAGAAACAUCCACAAGUCAAGAAGCUAGGGGAGAAACAUCUGCAUUCCCUGAAAUUACCAUAGAAGCAUCCACAGUUCAGGAAGUAAGUGGGGAAGCUUCUAUGUACCCUGGAAUUAGUAUAGAAACUUCAACAGUGCAUGAAAUCAGUGGUGACACAUCCGCAUUUCCUACAGUUAGAACUGAAACAUCUACAAGCCAAGAAGCCAGGAGUGAACCUGAAAUUAGCACAGAAACAUCCACAGUCCAGGAAAGCAGCAGGGAAAGUUCUGCCUUGCCCGGUGUCCACAUGGAAACAGCUACCACAUCUUCAGUAGGAACUGAGUCUUCUGGAGCUCCUGAGAAGGAAAUUACUGAAGUGACAUCUGAAACUCUGACACACUCAAUCACAGACAUUUCAGGGGAAACCUCUGUCCCAGACACUGUGAUUAGUACCCAUAUUCCAGAUGUUGAAUUAACACAGGAAGCCAAGAGUCCUGAAGAGGCUCAGCUUGAAAUAGAGUCCUCCACUCCCACAGUGCCAGGACAAGAGACACAAACAGCUGUUGUUCAAGACCCUCCACAUCUGUCAGCCACCGCUACUGCAAUCCUGCCUCAAGUGUCACCAGAAGCAGUAGAUGCUUUAGGACCCACUGCUGAAGACAUUGAUGAGUGCCACUCAAGCCCCUGUCUGAAUGGAGCUACCUGCGUUGAUGGCAUCGACUCUUUCAAAUGCUUAUGCCUUCCCAGCUACGGAGGGGACAUGUGUGAGAUCGACCUGGAAAACUGUGAGGAAGGUUGGACCAAGUUCCAGGGCCACUGUUACAGGCACUUUGAAGAGAGGGAGACUUGGGUGGAUGCAGAGACCAGAUGCCGAGAACAUCAAGCCCACCUGAGCAGUAUCAUCACCCCAGAAGAGCAAGACUUUGUGAACAACCACGCACAGGACUACCAGUGGAUCGGGCUCAGUGACAGAACCGUUGAGAAUGACUUCCGCUGGUCCGACGGGCACUCGCUGCAAUUUGAGAACUGGCGGCCCAAUCAACCCGAUAACUUCUUUGCUGCUGGUGAAGACUGCGUUGUAAUGAUCUGGCAUGAGCAAGGCGAAUGGAACGACGUCCCGUGCAACUACCAUCUCCCUUUCACGUGCAAGAAAGGAACAGUGGCCUGUGGGGACCCCCCCGUGGUGGAGAACGCCCGGACCUUCGGCAGGAAGAAGGAGCGCUACGAAAUAAACUCCCUGGUGCGGUACCAGUGCAGCCACGGCUACAUCCAGCGCCACGUGCCCACGAUUCGGUGCCAGCCCAAUGGGCAGUGGGAGGAGCCACGGAUAUCCUGCAUAAAACCCUCCAGCUUCCAGCGUCGACUAUACAAGAGGAGCCCCAGGACUCGGUCGAGACCCAGCGGCAGAGCCCAGCACGCGCCCCCCCAUUAGAGCGGGGCCAGA